GAGUGUUUGAAGAGACAGGCUGCUGGGCUGCAUUACAGUUGACAGGACAGUGAAGAAGAUGGUUGCAUCCCUCUUGAAAUUCUGCUUCCUUCUCCUAUUGGCCGCUCAGUGUGUGGCCCCUCAGGCCCCUAAACCGAAUUCUCCAAUAGUGAUGGACUUCGCAAAGCAGUCCCUAGAUGAUCAAUAUAAAGGCUGCAGAGAUAAAAUGUUACAAAAAGUGCAAAAAGUUUACCUGAAGAAAGAAUUGAAAGACAGCAAGAACUUUAGAAAGGCUUGGUCUAUGGCUAAAAUGGAAAUGAAAAACAAACCUCUCAAAGGCCUGACUCCAGAACAAGCCACGGCUGUCUAUGCUUACUCCACCAAAUACAUUUACACCGACUUCAACGCAGCGGUCAGAAAUGGAGGUGGAAAUAAUUACAAGGCGUUCCCGUUCAAGGCGCUGCAUUUUUACUUAACCGAAGCCCUGAAGAAGCUGAGAACCAAAUUUAAAAACUGUUAUAAUGUGUACAGGGGUGUUUCCAUGCCCACAAAAGUGAGCUUGGGUCAAAUCGUCCGCUUCGGCCAGUUCACCUCCACUUCACGAAACCUAAAUGUUGCAGAAGGUUACGGGACGGCAACUGUGUUUGUCAUGAAAACCUGCCGAGGUGCACCGAUCGACGAUUAUUCGUGGUUCAUUAAAAACGAAGAGGUCCUGGUGCCGCCAUUCGAGAGGUUCCAAGUGGUGGCCAUCUUCGGGAAUAAAAUCAACCUGACACCACUGCCAGAAACCAAAAGCAUUUAUAACUGUCUGGCAGUGCAUAAAGGAAAGAAACACGGGUGAUGUCAGAGUUGAGCCUACAGUCACGUGACACGAAUCAUGUGACCAACACAAGCUGAGCAAUACAGAUAUUCAAUCUAAAUUCAUUCAUUAUGGGCCAUUUGCUGUGCGCUGUAUAAACCAUUUCAAAGAGAUGGAGAGACACAAAUUGACUUGGCACCUUUUAUAACAACAAAGCUACAUUCAGAAAUACAGGGUCCGUGUUUGAAUGUUUAGAACAUGAAAUGUAAAAAAAAAGCACUGUAUGGAGUC